AUGGACAGAAAUUUAGAUGUAUCACUAGGUCAGUAUCAACUGGGAUGGAGGGCUCAACACACAACUGCUGUAGUUGGAGAAGUCCUUUACUGCUGGGGAGGCCGGGUCCGGGAAGGACUAGAUAAGUCCCACGAUUCUCCUACAAAGAAACAGUAUACUUCUGCUAUUGAUGCGUUUAACUUAUUAUCUGGUGUUUGGUCCUCUCAACCUACUAGUGGUACUCCUCCACUGGGAAUCAGAGGAGUCUCCUGUACCACCAUUAAUAAUAAUAUCUAUUAUUUUGGUGGCUAUUGUGGCCAUGACAGUUGCUACCAUAACAGUUUGAACUGUUUAAACACUUUAAUUCUCCACUGGAAAGAAUUACAGCCAACUAGUGACAAUUCUGUGACUAAGAGAGCCUUUGGUGGUAUGAUAGUAAUGGGAAGUGAAGGAGGUGAACCUCAACAGUUACUGGUUAUUGGUGGACUGGCUCCUAAAUCUGCUACUACACCGUAUCAUCAGUUUGAAUACAUUGAGAUACCUGGCGUUGAUGGUCAUGUUAGAACUAAUGAACAGAAUAUCUACAACCUGUCUAGUG